CUAACAACCACAUUUACAACUACACCUCUUUUUUAUACUAUAAAUAAAUGAAUACAUUUCUCAACUUCUUAGUUCACUCUCAAUUAUCAAUAGUAUCUCGUUGCAUGUCCAACUAAAAGUUUCAUUCACUCGUUGGAGCAAUUAGCUAUAUUCUGAGUUUUUGUUACAAAGAAGAAUGAAGAGCUUUUCAGUUAAGGUUGAGGAAGGAAAGGAAGGAAAAAAUGGCAUGCUUUCUGUUGGUCCUGUUUACCGUAACCUUCUCUCCCAAAAUGAAUUCCCUCCAAUGGAUCCUGAUUUCACCUCUGCUUGGGAUAUUUUCAGUACAUCUGUCAAAAAACAUCCUCAAAACCGCAUGCUUGGAUGGCGUAAAAUUGUUGAUGGAAAGAUCGGACCAUAUGUUUGGAAGACAUACAAGGAAGCUUAUGAUGAAGUCUUACAAAUUGCUUCUGCUUUGAAAGCAUGUGGUGCUAAAUCUGGUUCAAAAAUUGGAAUUUAUGGAUCUAACUGCCCACAAUGGAUUAUCGCAAUGGAGGCUUGUUCUGCACAAAACUUCAUUUGUGUACCUCUCUAUGACACACUUGGGUCUGGUGCUAUAAAUUUUAUCAUAGAUCAUGCAGAAAUAGAUUAUGUUUUUGUUCAAGAUAAGAAGGUUAAAGAGCUUUUGAAUGCUGACUGUAAAUCCUCUAAGAGAUUGAAAGCCAUAGUGGGCUUCACUUCAUUAACUGAGGAAGAGAAAGAUGAGGCCACAAACGCUGGAAUUAAACCAUAUACAUGGAAUCAAUUCGUACAAAAGGGAAAAGAAAACCCGUCAAGUAUUAAUCCUCCUUUGGCUCAUGACAUAUGCACAAUAAUGUAUACAAGUGGAACUAGUGGAGAUCCUAAAGGCGUUGUUUUAACACAUGAAAACGUACUAGCUUUAGUAAGAGGAAUGGAUCUUUUCAUGGAACAAUUUGAGGACAAGAUGACUGUGGAUGAUGUGUAUUUAUCCUUCCUCCCUUUAGCUCACAUCCUUGAUCGUUGUAUUGAAGAAUAUUUUUUUCGUAACGGUGCUUCUGUUGGUUACUAUCACGGGGAUCUGAAUGCGUUGCUGGAGGAUUUAAGUGAGUUGAAGCCAACACUGUUUGCUGGUGUACCACGGGUUUUUGAAAAAGUUUAUGAAGGUAUCAAGAAAGCAGUGGCACAACUAAAUCCAGUGAGGAGAACAGUUUUUGGCAUGCUCUACAACUAUAAACUUGGCUGGAUGAACAAAGGAUACAAACAGAGAGAAGCAUCACGUCUUGCAGACCUUCUAGCCUUCAGAAAGGUCAAAGCAAGGCUAGGUGGACGUGUUAGACUAAUAAUAUCUGGAGGUGCAGCCUUAAGCUCCGAGAUUGAAGAAUUCUUGCGUGUCACUACUUGUGCCUUUGUAUGCCAAGGCUAUGGUUUGACAGAAACAUGUGGACCAACUACUCUUACAUUUCCAGAUGAAAUGUGCAUGCUAGGUAAUGUUGGUGUUGUAACUGUAUUCAAUGAAUUGCGGCUGGAGGAAGUUCCAGACAUGGGUUACAAUCCUCUUGGAACUCCGCCAUGUGGAGAGAUAUGUGUCAGAGGCAAAAGUGUUUUCACUGGUUACCAUAAGAAUCCUGAGUUAACAAAAGAAGCCAUAAUAGAUGGAUGGUUUCACACAGGGGACAUAGGAGAAAUGCUUCCUAAUGGUAUUAUAAGGAUUAUUGACAGGAAGAAGAAUCUUGUUAAGCUUUCUCAAGGAGAGUAUAUAGCACUUGAGUAUCUUGAAAAUGUUUAUACAAUCACUCCUAUAGUUGAAGAUAUUUGGGUAUAUGGGAAUAGCUUCAAGUCAAUGCUGGUUGCAGUAGUAGUUCCAAAUGAAGAUGUUACUAACAAGUGGGCAUAUGCAAAUGGUCACAUAUCUUCCUUCUCCAAACUAUGUUCCCUUGACCAAUUGAAGAAAUAUGUGCUAUCUGAGCUCAAAUCUACAGCUGUGAGAAACAAGUUGAAGGGAUUUGAACAUAUCAAAGGGGUAAUAUUAGACCCGCUUCCAUUUGAUAUGGAAAGAGACUUGGUAACUGCAACAUUGAAAAAGAAAAGGAACAACAUGCUCAAGUAUUAUAAGGUGGAUAUAGACGAGCUAUACAAAAGUUUGACCGGAGAUAAACCUAAAUUUUGAGGUUACUACCUUCUAGACUCGGAUAUGUCUAUUUAAUAGUCCUUUGCAAUAGUUUGUUGUGUGAUGUACCUAAAGUUGCUAAAGUGUUGUACUUAAUGUUGAAAGUGUACACGAGAACAAUCUAUUUCGUUUGAAGAAAACAAGUGUUUGAAUUUGAUGAGAAUUUUCACAUGCAUGAGAUGUGCUACAAGCAUACAAUUCGUGUUA